UCGCACCCUUGGCGAAUGAGUAGGAAAGCGACGCAUCACCGGGCGCAGGGAAGUGCUGUGAAUGGGGCAGGGCGAGCGCACGUGGAGAGUGUUUACAAACAGCCUCUGCUGCCGCCCUCCCGAGGCAGCGCCAAUACCUGCGCCUCCCAGAGGCCCCUGUAGGGAGCCGCGAGCCCACCCACCCCGCUGGCUGCCCGUUCGGACCAGACGAGAAGAAGCCAGCAUCAUGCAUGAGGCAAGGUUGUAUCUUCACUCUGGCCAUUGUUUCCUUUGAACUCAUGAUCCUCCAGCUUCAGCCUCUGAGCCACUGGGAUUACAGGCAUGCACCACCAUGCCCAGCAGUCUGUUUGCUUGUUUUAAUUCAUUUCUAGUGGAUGUACACAGAGGGUAGAAAACCCCUAAAAUAGAGACAGCAGUCCAGUUCUGCCCUCUGUGCAUUUAUUGUGUCUCUGGAUGUACCUGAGCCCUGACAUCUCCCUUCUGAAAAGUGGUGGUGAAGUGUUCACCUCAGCUCAGAGGCAUGCCAAAAGUUAAGGUGGAGGGAAAGGCUGGAGAAGUGGGAGGCAAGCUGCUGAAGAGCAAAGUAAAGCAGCAGUUCGGCUGAAAGAAGAUAUGAAAAAGAUAGUGGCAGUGCCACUGAGUGAACAGAACCAUCCUACCUAUAAGAAGUUAUUUGGAGUCAGUCUCCAAGAGCUCCAGCGGCAGGGACUCAUGGAGAAUGGCGUUCCCACUGUAGUGUGGAGCCUGGUGGAGUACUUGACGCAGCACGGACUCACCCAGGAAGGCCUUUUCAGAGUGAACGGGAACGUGAAGGCGGUGGACCGGCUGCGGCUGCAGUUCGAGAGCGGGGCACGCGUGGAGCUGCGGGAGGACGCGGACGUGUGCGCGGCCGCCAGCCUGCUGAAGCUCUUCCUGCGCCAGCUGCCCGGGGGCGUCAUCCCCUCCGCGCUGCACCCUCGCUUCAUCCAGCUCUUUAAGGAUGGCAGAUGUGAUGCUCAGGAAAAUAGCUUAAGAGACUUAAUAAAAGAGCUGCCGGACACCCACUACUGCCUCCUCAAGUACCUCUGCCAGUUCUUGACAAAAGUAGCCAAGUACCAUCUGCAGAAUCGCAUGCAUGUUCACAAUCUUGCCACCGUAUUUGGGCCAAACUUCUUUCAUGUGCCAACUGGGCUUGAAGGCAUGAAAGAACAGGACCUUUGCAACAAGAUAAUGGCUAAAAUCCUAGAAAAUUAUAAUACCCUCUUUGAAGUAGAGUAUACAGAAAAUGAUAAUCAGAGGUGUGAAAACCUGACUAGGCUUAUCAUAGUAAAAGAGGCCAGUUGUAAGAACUCUCUACCCAUCCUUUUAACAAAAGACCUAGAAGGAGAUAUGCCAAAAUCUUCUCCAAAAGCCAGGAUUCCAAAGUCCAGGAGUGAGGGAUCUCUUCAUAACCACAGGGUACUGCGACCAGAGCCAUCUGGUGGUGUUCCUCAGGUCAGCCUGCGGCUAAGUCGUAGAAAGCCCUGCUUGGAUGACAUGAAUUCAGCAGAGGACAGUGGUGCCCAGUUGGUGUCCAGUUCGCAGGAAGAUGAAAGACCCUUGUCACCUUUCUAUUUGAGUGCUCAUGUGUCCCAAGUCAGCAGUGUUUCAACAACUGGAGAACUCUUAGAAAGAACCAUCCGGUCAGCUGUGGAACAGCAUCUUUUUGAUGUUAAUGGCUCCGGAGGUCAAAGUUCAGAGGACUCAGAAUCUGGAACCUCUUCAGCAUCUUCUUCCACCUCCGCCAGACAGCGACGUCGCCAAUCCAAGGAGCAGGAUGAAGUUCGUCGUGGUAGAGACAAGGGACUUAUCAACAAAGAAAAUAUUCCUUCUGGCUUCAACAGCCUUGACGAGUGUAUCCUGAAUACCCAGGAAGUAGAAAAAUUACAUGAGAACACCUCUGAUUAUAUUGGAGAAAGAAGCAAACCUAAACGUCAAAAAUCCAGUUCUAAACUAUCUGAGUUCCAUGAAAAUCAAGACAACCUUGUGAAUGUGGAAAGUCUCAGUUCCACACGGUCACAUGAGAAGACUGGACCUGAUGAUGUUGAACUGAUGUCCGAUGAAAGCAAAGAAAAUGAAAGAGGGGGUGGACACACCCAGCAUUUUGAGGGCACCACAAUGAAGAUCCAGGAGCAUCCCAGCAUACCUGAUACCAAACAGCAGAGGAAUCCAGACGCUGACGACCAGCAGGAGAGCUUUGUCUCUGAAGUGCCCCCGUUGGCCCUGACGGCAUUGUGUGAUGAGAAGAGCUGGGAAGAGCCCAUUCCUACUUUCUCAUCCUGGCAGCGGGAGAACGUGGAUUCCGACGAAGCUCGCCUCUCCCCUCAGGCUGGGCGCCUAAUUCGCCAACUUCUGGAUGAGGACAGUGAUCCCAUGCUUUCUCCUCGGUUCUAUGCUUAUGGGCAGAGUAGACAAUACCUGGAUGACACAGAAGUGCCUCCUUCUCCCCCGAAUUCCCAUUCUUUCAUGAGGAGGCGAAGCUCCUCCCUGGGGUCCUAUGAUGAUGAGCAAGAGGACCUGACACCCGCCCAGCUCACAAGAAGGAUUCAGAACCUGAAAAAGAAGAUCCGAAAGUUCGAAGACAGAUUUGAAGAAGAGAGGAAGUACAGACCUUCCCACAGUGACAAGGCAGCCAAUCCAGAGGUUCUGAAGUGGACAAAUGACCUUGCCAAAUUCCGAAAGCAACUUAAAGAGUCAAAACUAAAGAUAUCUGAAGAGGACCUAUCGCCCAGGGUGCGGCAGCGAAGCAACACACUCCCUAAGAGUUUUGGUUCCCAACUUGAAAAAGAAGAAGAGAAGAAACAGGAGCUGGUAGAUAAAGCUAUCAAGCCCAGCGUUGAAGCCACCCUGGAGUCUAUCCAGAGGAAGCUCCAGGAGAAGAGGGCAGAAACCAAUCGCCCUGAGGACAUUAAGGAUAUGACCAAAGACCAGAUUGCUAAUGAGAAAGUGGCUCUGCAGAAGGCACUCCUCUAUUACGAAAGCAUUCAUGGAAGGCCGGUGACAAAGAAUGAACGUCAGGUUAUGAAGCCACUAUACGACAGGUACCGGCUAGUGAAACAGAUCCUGUCCCGGGUCAACACCGUACCCAUCAUUGGUUCCCCCUCCAGCAAGCGGAGAAGCCCUUUGCUGCAACCAAUUAUCGAGGGUGAAACUGCUUCCUUCUUCAAGGAGAUAAAGGAAGAAGAGGAGGGGUCAGAAGAUGAUGGCAACAUGAAGCCUGACUUCACGGUCACUCUCAAAACAGAUUUCAGUGCACGUUGUUUUCUGGACCAAUUUGAAGAUGAUGCUGAUGGGUUUAUUUCCCCAAUGGAUGAUAAAAUACCAUCAAAAUGCAGCCAGGACACAGGGCUUUCAAAUCUGCACGCUGCGUCAAUACCUGAACUCUUGGAACACCUUCAGGAAAUGAGAGAGGAAAAGAAAAAAAUUCGAAAGAAACUUCGUGAUUUUGAAGACAAUUUCUUCAGACAAAAUGGAAGAAACGUCCAGAAGGAAGACCGCACUCCCAUGGCUGAAGAAUACAACGAAUACAAACACAUAAAGGCAAAACUAAGACUCCUGGAGGUGCUCAUCAGCAAGAGAGACACUGAUUCCAAGUCCAUGUAAGGGGCACCCCAGCCCAGCAAGGGGUGCCUGUGGAUGCAAGGAGGACUUCCUGUUCUCCUGAUAAAGAGCAGCUCUAGAAGGCAGCCUUGGAGCUGGACCUGCAAAGCCUGCAACCCUUCUGCUGCCAGGCCUUUUGGGUGGGCUGCUGUUUCCACUGCCUGCCUUAGAAACUACAUAGAUGGAAGAUGACAGUGUGACCUGACUUAGGAAUUUUGUAAUAAGAAGGUCAAGAUUCCUGCACACUUACACACUUGUAGUGGUAACUUCACUUACACUAGCAGUGAUGGAGCACUACAUUAGACACACCCAUCUACAGAGUUAUACACUGUUCUUCCUGGACAACUGAGAAACGUGAGAACAUUCUCUAACUGUGAUAAAAACAAGCUCAGGACUUUACUCUGUAGAGUGAAUUUGCUGUGGAGGUCCAUGCUCUCUCUGGACCUAGUCAAGUGUGACCAUGCAUUGGAGCCCUAUUUGCUGCCUUGGCCAUUCUAGUGACCUUUCCACAGAGCUGCGCCUUCCCCGCGUGUGUGAAUUGAUUUUCCCUCCAGCUCUCAGAUAGAUGGAGGCUGCCGUCUGCCCACAGUGGCAGUGCAGUCAUCUGUUUGAGGGUGUGUUUCUUCAGGACUUCCUCAGCUGACAAAUUCAAUCCCUGACUAGGACUUAAUCAUCUGAAGAGGACAGAGGGAUUGUAGCAGCAGCCAUAUUAAUACUGAUUUUAAAAUCAGGUAACAGGUGAAGAGCCUGGAGAUUGUUUCUUGAACACUGACUGCACUUACCAGUGUGGUUUUAAUAUUGAACACUAAGCGAGGCCAGCAUGCCUAUGUAACCUGCCUAGGGCUUGAUUUUGUUGUGGUUCUAGCCAAACUUAAAAGGCCUUGCUUAAUUCUUAGCCUAAGUGUAGAGGAUCACGUAAGAGAGGAAGCCUGUCCCAUCAGCCUCCUGAAUACCUACCAGAGUUUAAUUUUUCUAAGACAGUAAAUCUGCACUAAAAUCCCCAGAUGGGUAAAUAUAGUCCUCAGAGCUGAGCUCAAGGCAGAAUCUAACUCACACUACUUUCAAGAUCAUAUAUAGUAGAAAAAAAUAAUGGCAUGUGGCCAAUUUUGAUUGUAAUUUUUUCAAAGACUGUGUCACAAAGCUGUCUAUAUUAGACGUUUUGGAGGGACCAGGGAAUUUAAGACACCAAAUCAUUCAUCUCUUCAUUGUGCUUGAUGUCACGCUGUGAUUUGUUUUUCUUUUUCACCUUCUGUGUCUGCCCUGGGAAGUGGGUUUGGGGUCCACCCUUGGGCUGUGUAAAGCAAAGCCCUGGUGUCUGCUUGCCCAAAGGCUGAACUGCUCUGCCUCCUGAAGACAAUAUUGCAGGAUGGACAGGACCGCAGGGACACCCUCCUGUUUGAGAGUUGCUUUCUUAAAGGUUGCAGUUUUGUUUUAUAAAACAGAAAGAAAUAGACUGUAAAGCUGUUCCAGCCAGUUGUCAACUGUAAAAAUGGGUCUUAAACACCUACUGGAUUUAUUGCAGCCUUUUCCAUUGCUGAAGUGAGGUAGCAGCUCUCCUCUGUUCAAGUGGGGGGUUGGGGAAAGGAAUGCCUUUAAGUUUUUCUUAAAAAUAAUCAUAUAGAAGCAUGAGCUAUGUGUUGGAAGUGCCCUCAUUUUAAUCCACACACUUAAAGAUGGUACAUAAUCCUACAAAUUUAAAUGAUGAAAGUAUAGUUUGAUAUUCUUUGCUCUACUGUUUACAUUGCAGAUCAUAAUAAUUUCAAGGAGUUAUAUUAUAAAUAAAAUGAUGCACUUUAGGAUGUUUUCUAUUUUUGAAAUCUGAACAUGAAUCAUUCACAUGACCAAAAAUUGUAUUUUUAAAAAGAUAUACAUGUCUAGUCUGUCCUUUUUAAUUGUUCUCUUAAAUAAGCUAUGAUAUAAAUCAAAUCAUUAUCAGUUCACUUUUGAAGCACAUCUAAGAGUAUUGUUUCGAACAAAUAUAGAAUUUUUUAAACUCCAUAUAAGUGAGAAGCUAGUAGGUGUUUUGAAAUCUGUUGUUUCCGCCAAAGGUAAAUUAAAAGAUUUAUUCAGGAAUCCCCAUUCAAAAUUUGUAUGAUUCAAUAAAAGAAAACACCAAGUUAUAGUAAACUGUGCAUGGAAUAUUGUGUUUUCCUUUGUAGUUUCUAAUCUAUAUUCUUCAGAGAAAGAAGCCCAAAUUAAGUUGGGGAUGGAGAGUUAUGUGUACACCAGAUCUUUUUUGAGGGCGUAUGAGUCAGUGAUUUCUGGCUCUGCCAGAAAUGCCGAGGCAAAUCUGUUUCCAUGACAACCAUUGCUGCAGCCUAGCAUCUCCAAGCACUAGAGACUGUGGCUUAAUUGGCUUCAAACGACAGAAUGCCCCAGACCAGUGUUUUUCCUUUGCUCUCUUGGGAAUGUGUGUUUAUUAGCACAUGCCAACAAAAUAAAUAUCAAGGGUUAUUUAAUAACAAGUAAAAAUAAAGCAUGAAUAAGCUUGAUUAUAUGAUCAUAAGAAUUAGGUAUAGCAAAGGCUUGUAAUUUUCAUAAGCACUUAUUUUUAUUGUGUUCAGUCUAGGGUAAACACUGAAAAUAGAUGUUUAUAUUAAGUAUGGUAUCAUUACUGCAUUUCAUCCUUGAAAAAUUCGUUUGGAUUUCACUUUCUAAGACAUGGAGAUGCAAUGUUUAGAAUAAGGACCAGCUUAGAAGUGUUUUUAAGACAGUUGAAGUUUGUCCUUUGCUGCUAGAACAAAGUUGGCGCAAUCCUGGUGAUCUCCCAACUCAGGGAACAUUUCCACAAAAGACCAAAUCCAAUUUCAAACUGGAGAACGAACUAAUGUUUUUAAAUUGUUAUUUAGAGUGUAGUGUGGGCUACUAGAUGAGAUUUCUUCCCUUUGGUUGCCAGUUUGAUGUCAAAAGAUUAUUCAGCAAUGUAAUACAUCAGUGUGAUUUUUGCUUUGUCUCAUUCUGAUGCAACACUUGCAUGCUCGGGGAAGAGCCUGUAGCAAGGAGUGUCUGCUCCCAGGUGUGACAUUUCUAGCUCAGGAAAAAUGCCUCUGGACUGUGCCUGUCAUAAAUACUACACUGAGGCAGCAGUCUUGGAGCCCCACACGACUGAGCAUUUGUGAAUGUGGUCAAGCCUGGAAUUCCUUACAAGGUAAAUACUUGAGGGUUGGUAUCAGAACAAAGGAAUGGCUGUGAUACGACCAAUUAAGUUGAUUCAUUCUGGGGGUUGCCUAGUUUUCAGCAGUGAGAACUAAACCCAGUCACCAGAACCGAUCACAGAUUUGUAAGAAAAAUCAUAUUUUAAAGUUUGUCAUUUUUUUAAAGGUAUCUUUAAACCUGAGAAUGAAGAUGCCAUUAUUCUCCUUUUAAUGGUGUAUUUAUUGUUGAACACCAUCAGCUAUUAACUGCUUGGUGAAAAAUGGGUUGUCAUCUAAAUCCCGUUUUGCUUUCCUGACACACUGCUUCCUGGAUUCUUCUCUCUCGAGUGGGGAGAAGUGGUUUUUUGCCAAGAUCAAUGCCUCUGGUAUGUUCUCUUUGAGCAUCCACUUGGUUAAAGCAGUGGGAGAGACAAAACUAUCCUAAAUGUUGAAUGGCAUUUCCUCUAAAGCCUGCAUUUGAAGGAACCCAGAAUGUGCUUUUCUCUCCUUGGUUCACUUUUAUUUUUUUUGCCUACUUGACCCUCAAAAUGUACUAAAGAGCAUAUUUUGCCAAAAGAAUGGCUGAACAUAUUUUCGAAUUUUUAUAUAUUCACAUGGUGCACACUAGCACUAUCACAAAUGGUGGCCACAUGGCAGGCUCCAAGCAAGAGCGAUACAUACAGCAGCCCCAGCCACUUCCCCAGACUGUGCCCCAUCUGGCACCUGCACUUGUCUCCCAAGAGCUUCUUAGUAGAUGCAUGUACACAGACCAAGAACAAAAGUACAGAUGUGACCAAUACGUAUGUGAAAAGGAAGUCUAUGUACAGUUACAACUUAAUUGGUACCACAAAGUUGCAGUUCUAUCUUUUAGAGAAUCUCAUUUUUACCUGGAAUGGAGUCAGUCACGAUCACCUGUGUAGCUAGAGAAAUCAGGUCCAUGGCAAAUCUGAUUCUCCACCUGAAAAUACCUACACCAUCAUGAAAAUUGUCAAGAAUGAGUAAAAUUUUCCCAAGUAAUAUGGGCCCGGAACAAUGUUUACAUGACAUGUAAGCAGGAAGAAUUUGAAAUUACCAAUGUCCUUUUUAAAAAUGUAAAUUGAAUGAAAAAUACUAUGUACAUUUUUUGUACAUGACUUUUGUAUAAGCUUAAAAUAAAAUAUU